AUGGAGCAAGAGCUACAGCAAAAAAUUGACUAUCAAUUCAAAUCACCGAAUCUCCUUCAAGAGGCCUUACAUCCUGCAGGCACUGCACCACUUCAAGGCAAUAAGCGCCUGGCCCUUGUUGGUGAUUCUGCAUUGGCUCUGUCUAUCCUCGAUAGUUCCUACGACCACCAUGAUUCUACCACGGAGGGUACCAGAAUUCUGCAGAAGCAUGCCUGCAACUCAAAUCUGAGUUCGCAAGGGCUCAAAUCUAAUCUUGAUGGUUUUAUCGAGAAGCACCCUGCCCAAAAAGGAUAUAUUACUGAAGGUGUGCGUGCAUCAACCGUAGAGGCUAUUCUGGGUGCUGUGUGGGUUGAUUCAGACAUGGAUAUGCGAGCGGUUGAUCGUGUGCGCAAAAAUCUUGGCGUCAACCCAGAAUUUAAUUGA